CGGAGCUGCGCGCGCAGCUUCAGUCUGGAGUCGCUCGCUUGGUCGAGACCGCAAUGAGCAGAUAAAUAAAAAGGCCGAACUAUUCGUUCGAAGCUCGUCGGCGGAGGGGGGCAGCUGACGGUCCGGUCCGCUCGGUGAGCGAGUCCACGCGCGCGUUUCUGCCCCGAUCCGGGGGGGUCGAUGUCAGAAUUAAAGGGCAGCGGAUGAGACGGGCAUCCUGGGAGAACAAUGGCUGCCGCCCGCCAGUAGCACGCGGCGAGCGUCCCGACUGACUCCUCCAGCUGAACGAUGGAGGGAGGCGCCGACGCGUCCGUCCCGCCCGAGGCGGGGGGAGGAGAGACCCCCGGUAGAGUGGAGGAGGGGGGAGCCGACCCCCUCGCUGCCGCCGCUCCCUGCGGCGCCAAAGGACCAACCGCCGCGGAGGCGGGGCCCCCCGCACCAACGCCGCCGCGUCCCGCCGCCGAGUCUCCGGGGGCCGUGGCGCUCAAAGUGGCGGCGGCGGUUUUGCGGCCCGUGUGCCUGGCGGACGGGCCGCUGAUGCUGCCCGUCCACCUGCAGGUGGCCGGGGGCGCCGCGCCCCAGCUCGGCCCGAUGGGGGCGGCGCCGUACCUGAUCGCGAGCCAGAGCCCGGUGUCGCUGCCCUUGGUCCUGGACCAGCAGGUCCUCCAGCACGUGGGCCCCCCGGGGGUCCCGCAGGCCGCCGGCUGCCCCCAGCUGCAGGGCGGCGUCCUGUGCCCAAACCCGUUCGGCUCGCCGCCUCCGGCCGCCGACCAGAAGUCGGCGGGACAGACGCAGGACGCCAACCUGCUCUCACUCCUGCAGAAUCCGGCGUUUGCCGCCAUCUUGCAGGACCUCUUCCCCUCCCAGGCGGGCCCCGCCUACUUCCCGCUCCCUCCCCUGGCCCCCCCCUACGCCUCCCCCCUGGCCCCGCUGGUGCCCCCCGCCACGCUCCUGGUCCCCUACCCCGUCAUCAUCCCCCUGCCCGUCCCGCUGCCCGUCCCGCUGCCCGUCCCUGUCCCCGUCCCUGAGGACUCCAAAGGGGACAUUUCCAAACCGGUUUGCACGGCGAGCAAAAGCACCCAGACGUCCCCGACUCGUCCCUCGUCUCCUCCGGCGCCGCGCAGGUGCGUCCCGCCGCCCCCCGAUGACGGGGGACAGGCCCUGGACCUGUCUCUCAGGGCCUGCCCCGUCGAACCCAAACAGGAAUACCCGAGUCCGCAGCAGGACGGCGUGCUGGACCUGUCGGUGCCGGCCGCCGCGAGGAAGCGGUGCGUCCACUCGAGCCGGGAGGACGCCGGCGGCUCGUCUCUGUCUCUGGGCGUCCAAUGCGAGCAGAGCUUGGACUCCAAACCCCUGGGGGGCCUGGCCUCGCUCGCGUUCAGCCGGCAGCACAAGUGGGCGGCGGACAGCGGCGGAGGGCCGGGCCCCCCGGGCGCCACCGGGAACCCGGGGACAGUCGGCGCCUCGCCGGCGGCCAACGUGGUCGUCUCGGUGAAGGACGCCGUCCUCUGCGGGAAGAUCAAGGGAACCUCGGGAGUGUCCACCAAGAACUUUUCCAUCAAGCGGGACGACGGCGGCGGCUGUCAGGGGGGGGCGGCGGCGGCGGCGUCCCCCCACGAGGAACAGCACGACUCCGGCAAGAAGCCCCCCACCAAGAACCGGGCCGUCAGGCUGAAGAAGGUCGGCUCGCAGGAGAUCCACUUCCUGCCCGUGAAGAAGCAGAGGCUCACGGCGCUGCUCCCCAGGAAGUGAGGGGCUUCGAGGACACGCCCACAGCGGGACGUCCCCACUAACUGUCCCUCUGAAGACCGUCUUUCGGACAUCAGAGCGGUGAAGACGCUCCUGGUUUUCCACUUGGAGACCUUCAGGGAGCCGGAUGGACCCGGGGGCCCGCCCCUCGGCUCUGAUUGGUCCGGCGCUGCAGCGCCCGCCGUCCACGGAUAGGACGCACGUGGGGACUCUUUGACUCAGUCGUCCACGUGGGACAAACACCUGGAGCCUUUUUAAUGUUGAUUUCCCUUUUUAAGCGUGUUAGAAGUGGUUUGGUGUCUUUAGGGGUGUUUGAGUGCACUUUGUCAGUUUAGAUACAGGACGACCUGCUUUUAUUUAUACACUUUAUAGCUUAGAUUCCUCACUAAUUUAUUCACUGUGCAACAGUUAUUUAUACCAUGUGACGCCUGAAGCUGCAGCUCCUUUUUCACUUUUACAUGAGAUGGAAAAGAGUCAAAUGCUUUCUGUACAGUUUGUGCUUUUUUUUAUAUGGAACUAAAAGUCUCAGAGGUUCUCCGAUGUGUUUGUGUGGAACUCGUUUGAAAUGAGGAAGAAAAUGAAUUUACUCAUUUAAUAAAUAAAUAAAUGCAAUUAAAACCCUCUAUUGGGCCUUGAAUUUAAUAAUAUAAAAUCCUCUCGGAUGGAAACCGAGUGACUGAAAUAAAUCCAUCCUUUGAGUGAGUGAGAGAAAACACAUGUCUUUAGUUUUUGGGAGGUUUAUAAAA